AUGUCUCUCAUCAAUUCCCCUCUUGGUGCCGCCAAUGCCGGGAUAGCCCUGUUGGGAGCCAUCCUCAUGUAUGCGCACGAAUGCCCAAACGAUCCUAAGGGUCUCCUGAUGCGAUGUUUUAUGAUGUAUCGCGUCUGCUUCUCAUCAGAACCGGGGAUGAAUGCGGGCGACAACGCGAGCGACAAUAAAUAG